UAACACCGACCUUGGCCCCAAUUUUAAACCAGGUAAUAGUUUAUGAUGUGGGGAUCUCUUGUUUGUCCCCCCAAAGGACGGUGAACAUCAAUAGUACUAUGUGAACCAAUUAAAAGCUUUCACAGCCUUUUGCUGGUCUUGCCCAUUGACCUUGUUAGUGUGUGUGUCUCGUAUGCAGGACCAACAAGCAUAAAUCCUGUCAUCAUGGCACCUUCAUUGGUGCCACACAGGCGGUGAACCCUCAGAAGCUCUGCGGUCAACGUAUCUGCUGGCUUGGGCUUCCCAAUCCUGGCCACUUCUGCUAUAUGAACUCCAGCCUCCAGAGCCUGCUCACACUGUCAGAGUUCGUCAGAGAUAUCAGCUCCCAGGAGGAGGUGUGGAGUUUGUCUCCUCAGGCUCAGCUGAUAAGGAGUUUUAUGAACAUUGUAAGAUGCUGCAGCUCAAGAAAUCCAAACCACAAACUCCGGCUCCUUUGCAUGUUGAAGAGGGCCGUCUCCAUUGAGGCUCCUGAAUUUAGGGACAACAGCCAGAAAGAUGCCCAUGAGUUCUUAACAACCAUCCUGGAACAAAUGAGGAGUCUGCAUCCACUGCUACAGGAAGUCGCAGCCUCAGUGGGAAAAACAUAUAGCUGCCCUGUGAAGAGUAACCUUGAGUUCAAAAUGCUGAACACCAGGACAUGCAAAAGGUGUGGUGCUCAGUCCAUCAGAGAGGAGACGUUCACCAGCCUGUCUCUGAACCUUCUACCUGGAGCUUCAACACAGCAGUUGCUCCAGGAAUACCAGAUGGCAAGAAACUUGUGUUCUCACCAUUCUCAUCAACACUGACUAUUAUGAAGCAUGAAACCAAUCAAUUGACCAAUCAAACAAACAUUUCACACUGCUGAUUUUUGUGUGGAUGUGCAGUUGGUUUGAUACACACAAGUGACAGCAUGUUGUCCCUGCAGGAGACAGAGCUGGAGUAUAAUUGUGAAUGUGGCAGCAACACAUCAGGCCAGCGGUCCACCUUCCUGACCCUGCCUAGAUUCUUUGUGUUACACCUCAGACGAUUCACGUUCACUCAGCUCCUGGAGGUGGUGAAGCUGCACAUACCCGUCCUCCUCUAUAGGGAGCUGAUAGUGCCCUCCAGCCAGGCUGAGGGAUGGUACAGCCUGCUUAGUGUCAUUAGCCAUUUAGGCAUCAGCACCAGUUCAGGGCACUACAUCAGCAGUGGACUGCAUCCACAUGAUGACCAGGAUAGCUCAGGUGACCACUGGCUUACAUAUAAUGAUGCCAUGGUCACAGAGAGCACCGGUGAAGCCAUUUGUAAUACACUUCAGGAAUCAUCCUACAUCCUUUUUUACCAAAGACAGCUGGUGAAGGAGAAUUGAAGGUUCAGGACACACCCCUGACCUGGAGCAGCAUGAGGUUCCCCAGCCUUCGGGAGGAAGGUGUCAUGAGAGUCAUGAUUCUCUCAAAGCUUUUACCUUUUCCUCGCCACUGUUGCCUCUGGCUUUGUCCAAGUCCGAACUCAACAGCGUACAU